AUGGCCGUGUUCUCCACCGUGAUUCCUCUUCUCCUCCUCUUUCUCUCUGUUUCCUUUCCAUAUGUCAACGGAAAUUUGGUACUGGACAUCGAGUGCUCCUUCGUGGUACUAAACAUGGCGACAUGUUUGUCUUUUGUGACGAUCGGGAGUCAAGUGGACAAACCCGAUGCCUUGUGCUGCUCAGGUCUCAAGAAAGUGCUCGAUACGAAAGCUGAAUGUCUGUGCGUAGGCUUGAAGAAAAGUGCCUCCAUGGGUAUCAAAGUGAACAUCACUAAAGCCGCUACUCUUCUCGCCGUUUGCAAACUUGACGCUCCUCCGACUACUGCUUUGUCUACUAAUCCUCCUGCUAGUAUGGCAGCUCCAAGCCCUCAUAGUAAUGAUGGCUCUUCGUUGAUCCCAAUCUCUGGCUUGUCAUAUGCAAUCAGCGGGCAUUGGUCAUACUGUUCUCUCGUAUAA